AUGGACGAGCGAGGGACAAGUGCAGAGUACGAAACUGGAGAUCAAUUUCGAAAUCAAGGAGAGACUGAGAUUCCUAUAAGACAACAGGAGCCGGAAUCACCGUCGGGCUCCGGAGUCACUGAUACGCAUAAGGCAAAAGUACCAAAGUUGUUAGAAUUUCUGACGAGUCCUACCGCGUCCUCCCAUAAUAGUGUCGCUUUAAUGGAGAGGGGAGAGGUACCACCGAGCGCUGGUGAUGGAGAUCAUCCGAGAGAGGAGGCAGUAUGGAAUACCCUCAAUGCUAACGGUACCAUGACAAGGAGUGGCACACAGGCCAUUCUACCAGGUACGCAAGAUAACGUGGAGCGAAUGCCAUCGACAAUCAAUUCAAGAGCAGUGUCAAGCACCACGCCGGGUGUUCUAGAGUAUCUAUCGAAUGAGGAAAGGGUGAGAUUCCAAGAGAGCGUAAAUCAAAUAUGUCAGAUCUUGAGUCGAUCCACAGCCGUUCCUGCAGUUCAAGGGUUAGAUUUCAACUCCCUUGGAGGUCUCUGUCAAGUCCUAGGGCCAGACAGGCCUAACAUAGGGGACGAUGAAAGCCCAAAUAUCCCAAGUGCGCCCAAUGCGGCAGAAAAGCCUCUUCCCUUGUCCCACUCGAAUGAGUCACGGUCCCAUUUACCUAGGUUGAGUGACGGACAGGAGCUAUCCCCAGACCCAGCGAGCACUACAGAACUUCCAUCCCACUUCCAACCAGAGCCGGAGUCUUCGCCGGAUGUCCCGAUGCCAGAUGCGCAUCAUACGAACGCACCACCGCGUUUGGAAUAUCCGAUGAGCCUUCUCGCAUCAUCCCAUCAUAGCGACGCUAGCAUGGUGGUAAUACCCAGCGUUGGCACCGGGUAUCAUCCUCCAGAAGACGCAGCCGCCGUCGACUCUGACGGAAACGUGACAAUGGGUGGCACAGAGGCCCUUUCAACGGGUCCGCAAGGUGAUGACGAGCGAUAUUCACAGGCCCACGGUGAAGUCAGUCUAACGAGCAAGAUGACCAGUGUAUCUGGACAAGAGCCUGCUCUAUUGGCGCAAUCAGACAAUUCACAGUUGAAAGGCAAUAACGAAUCACAAUCCACUUUAUCAAGGCCGAGCGAAGGACAGGCGCUUCCACAAGGGUCAGAACGCACUACAGACAUUGCAUCUUAUGUACAGCAGGAGCCUAGCACCCCAGAGUCCUAUCAUACACCAGUUACACCAGUUACGUGGAGGCAGAUAGAUUAUCCCAUGACCUCUUCUCCGCCUUCGGGAAAUGAAGUUGCCAUCAGAGGGCAAGGAGAUUUAGCACUGAGCCCAAGCGCGGAGACUGGUGCCAUGGAAGACGCAGCAGGAAUGAUGGAUCCCAGUGGUAACCAAAUAGUAGGUGGUGAACUGGUUCCGUGGGUAGGUCAAGAUCACAACGCGGAAGGAUCUUCUCGACGACGGCUCCCGAUCAAAUUCGGCAGGUAUGGAAGAAACGGUUCGAAAUGGAGAAGAUUCCAUUUAGCCCAGAACACACGCAACUUAAAAGUGAAAUCGUUUUCUAAAAAACUGAGCACUACACAAGAAGACAAGAAGUUGGUAUCACGAAACGAUAAGUCCGUUGAACAGCAGGGGAUAAAGCUUGCCCUUGCUAAUAGCCGUCCACGUUUGAUACACGGUAAAAUGGGUAGAACGGUUGUAAGAAAAAUGAGCACAGUUUCGAAAUCACAGGCCGUACAGCGUAACAACAGAAGAUCCGGGCGGAUUGCUGGUCGCGAUAGUCAGUGGUCUACUUCGAGGGCUCUCACCCUCAGAAACAGAGCCAGCAAUGAUCCGCACUCCUUCACAGUGACAGUGGUUCCCAGUUCCACGAGGGAUUUCACGUCAAUUCUCCCUUUCCCAUUCGGAGAGGAACCCCCUUCUCUCCCCAUUUCCUUGUCCACCUUGGCAUGGCCCGCUCACUCGGUCGAUGAGGUCACAAGCCUAAGCGAUAGCGGAGAUCGCAAUUGCGACAACCAAUCAACGGACGGAACGAACAUUCAUUCACCUAGACCUUUAGUCCCGGAUACCGAAAGUCUCAGCACCAUAGAAGGCAAACGACAUCAUCCAAUCUGGGAAGAUGAUGGGAAAGAAGGUGAAUCGCGGAAGCAAUGGCUAAGCUCCCGGGAACUGGAGUAUACAGGUGAUAUGGAAACAGAUGAUGUUGACCCAGGAAUCGCUAUACGCACGGAAGGGUUUGUUCCUGGUUCCAGGGCUACCUAUUCCAAUGGAUCGAAUGAUUCACUGCCUAUGCAGGCAGGCGCCCUGUCGCAAACCCCCAAUAAUACCCCCAAGCAGCCAGAUUCCAACCAAGCCAGGCCAACUAGGCCUCACUCCGUUCAGCGCAGUGAUGCCUCACCACUGAGUGCUACAAAAAGCGAUAGAGGGGUGACUGCCCCAUAUGAAUCAACUUCCCAGACCUCAGCCCUGGCCGACGUCCAAGGAAAUUCCUCUACCCACCUGGAAGCCGCCCAGGAAGCAACCCCUACCAAGCAGUCUCCAUGCCAAACCAGUAUUGUGAGCCCACCAACCGCCUCUGAAGUAAUCGAGGAGAACCUUUCACCGCCACGUCCCAUUACCGACCCUCCAACAAAUGAUAAGGGAAAGGCCGCAGUCCGCAACUUGAGUCCUCCACCGCUUGCCAUGGAAGAAGCGGCAGCCCAUCAUCUCUAUCCGUUCAACGAUGUGGUGCUAGUUAAUACACAUCCUCAAGGCGAUCCCGGAACGCAAGACUACCCGCUUGACGGCUCGAGCUUGGCCUUGAGGGAGAAGCGCUCCCUGCCUUGCGCAGCGGGUGAUACGUUCGUGGACCCCCUUAAUGAGUCACAUAACCAUAACCCUGGCAAUGGGUCCCUCCGUAUGAUCGAAGAAGGUGAAAACACGCAGGAUUAUUUAGUGCAACGGGAGCAAAGUCGUUCUGGGGCUCACGAGCCUUGGCAAAGUCGUCUCUCGGCGAUGACGAAGCCCACAUUGCCACGACUGGAUAUUAGCCAUAGCUCGGGUAACGAUACGCCCCGCUCAGUAUCACAUUAUUCCCACACUCGGAAAUCCGGGGGACAGACUCCUGAUUUCGAAGGGUGCACCCAUAGCCCUGCGCCCACUUUAACACGUGAUCAACCAUACCCUCAUGUCGUAGAGGACCAAGCCCUUCCAAAUCAGAUGACCAUGGAGAACAACGAACCAACGACACCUCAUAGUAUUCGAUGGAAGAGCCAAUUAGGACUGUUCGAAGACAAAGAACCGCCUGGAAUUGAAGGACCAAACCAUGCCAACAUCCCUGAACGCCCCAGAGAGGGCACCGUCGAUGGUCUAUCAGUGGCGGGAACCCUCGAGACACUGAAUGAGGAGAAUGACGUACUGAAUAGGACUUUGAAGCCCAUCUCCCAGCCUUCUGCUGCGACAGAGGCCAUGAAUACUUCGCUCGAUAACCGGAACGUGGAUUCUCACUGUCCCAUUCCUAAGAGCCCAAGCCCACCCCGGGAGCUCGGCAGAAGCAAUCCGUAUACACAUCAAGCUAGUGCUGAGAGCGAAGGUGCUUUACUAGUCACUAGCUUGUCGCCUAUUGCUCAGGACCAAGAACACAACCCAGAGCAGGAGACGAACGAUACGGGGCCACCGGGAACGCCUUCGGUAGAGCACGUAGUAGGAAGUCUUGCUAGCGGCUUGAACCAAGGUAAUACCGUUCUUCACAAACGGGUGGAUAGUAGCCAGGAGCUUUGUACGCCUAUUUCAACGCAGCAAACGACAGUGUAUUCUCAGGUGGAAGGUACUAAACCUCUCGGAACUAGCGGUCCCGUUGAAUCCAUCGACACAGAGACUGAACAUGGGGCUACGGGGGCUACGGCAUCUCAUACUUCCUCUAGAAACCAAGAAGGACAGCAAGCCAACGACGGGACCCUCGAUGCACACCCACCAGUUACCACGCCGCAGUCUGCGCACACAUUUGAUCCGCGCUAUCCAAUUAUGUCCGUAAAUGAGACACCAAUCCACCACACGGCGAUGAAUGCAUCCAACGGGAUAGUACGAGAUAAUGACACCAUUGGCGUCGCGCAGGUCAAUGAACAGCCUGAGCCCAUGGAAGGCUUAGUCGGUGCCCUGGCCGAGCCGUAUAGUACAGGAAAUCUGCGAACAGAUUCUGACGACUCGUUCAAUCAGCAAAUGCCGCAAAUGCUGCAAAACCCCGAGGCCACUAUACAUAUGCCUCGCGCGGGUCCUGGGCCCAUUCCGAGGUCGUACUCGAGUCUAAGAUCGAAGGUUAGCCCCCAAAGUCUAAACCAAGACCGCAAUCCAGGCCCAAGAGACCAGAGCCUCGCGACAGGGACGGGGCAUAAGCGCCGUCCCGAUAGCGACGAACAAGAACGCAAUGAACAAGAACGCGACGAACAAGAACGGGACGAACAAGAGCAAGAGUUUAUUACAUCGGAGGAAAAUGUGCCUAACAAAAAACGAAGAAUAGAGCACGAAUGCGACAUCUUGAGAAUAGAGCACGAAUGCGACAUCUUGAAGGUAGAGGUUCAAGGCGGGGUCAUCACCCGUACUGGCCGAGUGACAACUCGACGUCUGAAGGACGACGCUGAAAUACAGCAGCUUAUUAAAUCGCUUGAGGAGGACCAUUAUAAAUACAUCUACUCUCACAGCCAAAGGCCGAAAUUUAUACCGGAGUGGGCAAGCGAUAGAUGA